GGCCAUCGCCAUGGGUCUGCACGGCCCGGACGAGGCCGACUCGGCGCAGCGCGUGCCCUUCUUCCUCUCGGAGCUGCGCAAGCGCGCCUUCGCGACCAGCUACGCACAGGAGGUCGGCCUGGCCACGUUCCUCGGCCGCCCGCCCCGGCUGUCGUACCGGCACUGCCGCUUCACGCCGGCCUCGGGGCUGACCAACGAGGAGAUCCUCCUGCCCGCCGAGCAGCGCCGGGAGCUGCUGACCAGGCUCGACCCGCACGGCUUCCGGCUCGACGGGGUCAUGAACGAGCAGGCCUUCCGCAAGAUCUGGUGGACCCUGUCGCCGCGGCGCGAGGACAUCCUCGAGCUGUCCCUGUGCCAGUUUGGGCCCGACGAGAUCCUCCGCCGCGCGGCCGAGAUUGAGCGGCACAUGGAGGAGCUCUGGACCAUCCUGCCCGAGUCGAUGCGCAGCGCGCGCCACGGCCCCGUCGGCUACGACCGGAUCUCACCGUUCGAGCGGCUGCUGCACGACCUGUGCCGCCAGGCGUUCCGCUCCAACACGCUGCUCCUCCAGCGCGUCAUCUUCCAGCAGGUCCCCGGCAUGUCGUCCGACAGCCUCGUCCGCAACGCAUACCACUUCCUCGACGACAUGCUCAAGUCGGCCCAGCGGCCCGAGAUGGCCACGACGUAUCGCGUAGACGCCCUCUCCCAGCUCGUGUUCCACGGGAUGCGCUGCGCGGCCAUCCUGGCCGUCGAGCUGCUGAGGAGAGAACAGCUGGCAAGCAGUGGGAGCAAUGGGUCGGGCAACAGCGGCAACAACAAUAACAACAACAACCAGGACCCGGCAUUCUCGCGCGGCCGGACCAUCAGGCUGCUGUCCGUGUUCGUCGCCCAGCUCAGCAACGUCGAGGAAGGCGAGAUGUGGUAUCACAACUGUGAGCAGGGGACGGGCUUGAUCAGCCGGAUUCUGGACAAGGUGCUCGAUCCCCAGCCUGCGCAGCAACAGCAGCAACAGCAACAGCCACAGCAGCCAGGGGCACCGACAGAAGCUUCGUCUGCAAGCUGGACAGCGGCGGCGGAGCAGCAAGAGUCUGACAUGCAGGGCCAGAGGGACGCCGCCGCCGCUGGCAGCACUGCUCAGCUGCCCAAUACCGCCGCGACGGUCCCAGGCACCCUUCACCCGUACCCUGACAUGCCGCACCUGACUUGUGAGCGAGACGGCACAUCAGUCCUGCCGCGCCAGCCAGAGUUGGCUGGCAACACUAUGCAGUCUCAACAGGCACCCCAGCAGAAUGUGAAUGACCCGCAGCAGCAGCAACAGCAGCAGCAGUACAACAACUUCAACAUGGCUGAUGUGGGGGUUGAUCCCGCCUCUUCAGAAUGGGCAUUCGACUUCUCGCUGGACGUGCCGCUUUUGGGCAACGACGCGGAUCUCAUGCAGUGGUUCGAGGCACAGAGCGCAUAUUGAGCUCUGAGUUGGCCUUGGGAACAAUGAUGUGGACACGAUAUUAUUCUGUUUUUUUUUAAUGGCAUCAAAGAUACCUUUUUGUUUGUUGUUUCGGGAAACUCAUAAUAAAACAAACACGUCUGUCGAGCAGCGUGGGCUUUCGGAGUAUUGUCAUGUUCAAGAAAAUCAUUGGGCGCCC